AUGUCCAAACGAAUGACCCUUCAGUCACUGCCAAAAACAUCUUCUUUCACCAAAAAACUCACGCCCGAUCCGCGGAUUCCCAGCGUGAAGGUAGCUCUGGAUCCUUCAACCCCACAGGAACUCUUCCAUGUCGCGAGGCGUCUUAUUGGCGGCGCCUACACCUAUUGCAAACCUACCCCCCGUAAAGAAUACCGCUUUCUAACAGCCUCACCGUACGCAAUGGAGACAUUAGGGCUGGACCCGUCAGAGGCUAAAGAUAAAAGCUUCCAGGAGCUGGUGUCUGGGGAAAAGUACCUCACCGACCCAUUUCCUUACUCCCAGGCUUACGCCGGGUAUCAAUUUGGUCAAUUUGCAGGGCAAUUAGGUGACGGAAGAGUUGUGAACCUUUUUGAAGUUGAAAGUGCUAGAGAUGGACAAAGAUACGAACUGCAGCUCAAGGGAGCUGGACUGACACCGUUCUCUCGGUUUGCAGAUGGAAAGGCGCUCUUGAGCUCGAGCAUCCGUGAAUUUGUGAUAAGUGAGGCAUUAUCAGCAAUUGGCAUUCCAUCUACGCGGGCAUUGGCUAUCACUGCGCUUCCAAAAACGUAUGCCAUGCGCGCUCGCCAUGAAAAAUGUGCCGUAGUCUGUCGAAUGGCGCCUACAUGGAUCAGAAUCGGAACUUUCGACCUGUACAAAUGGAGAGAAGACCGCAAGGGGCUGAUCGAGCUUAGCAAUUAUGUGAUUGAUGAGGUUUUCCACAACAAAAUGGUUGAGGACGAGCAGAUAAAAAGAGAAGUUGAACAAGAAAUCUCGAAACAUAACAUCACUCUUACACGUUACGACAAGAUGUAUUUUGAGAUUGUUGCUCGCAAUGCAAAGACUGUAGCCUUGUGGCACGUCUAUGGAUUCUUGAAUGGUGUUUUAAACACCGACAAUACCUCCAUCACUGGCCUGUCGAUGGAUUUUGGGCCAUUCGCGUUUAUGGAGUACUUUGAUCCAAACUACACGUCCAACCAUGACGAUCACACAAGAAUGUACAGUUUUGCCAACACCCCGAGUGCAAUUUGGUUCAAUCUGGUCAAGCUUGGCGAGGAUGUUGCUGAGCUAAUCGGAGCUGACCAGGAGCUUUUAGAUGUUCCAGAUUUUGAGGCUGGUAUCAAGCAAGAAUGGACAGAAAGAAUGAUCCAAAGAGCAGGAAAGAUUAUUGAGAUAGCAGGCACAGUGUAUGAGAAGUUGUUUAUGGAUGACUAUUUGAAGCUGGUUUGCCAAAGAAUCGGUAUCAGUCCUAGAGACACCGACCACACAGAAAUUUUGGGUCCUAUGUUUGAGAUGCUGAGAGCCACCAAGAUCGACUACAACGACUUCUUCAAGAUCUUACAGCACGUGCCACUGGAGAAGAAGCUUGACUACGAGGCCACUGCCGAGCUUUUCAUACCUAAAAAUUUCCAGGAAGACCUGGUCAACGACUACACUAAGGAGAAUAUUCUGAAAGAGUUAAAAAGUUUUCUGGUUGUUUUUAAAGACAGAGUGGAGCGGGAGCAGUUAUCUGACAGCGAACGGCUGAGCAGAGCAUCCAAAGUUAACCCGCUAUUUGUUCCUAAAAAUUGGAUGCUGGAAGAAGUUAUUGAAUAUACUACCGAAAAUGAUCUCAGGCCAGAUUACAUUGACAAAAUAAUGAAAAUGGGCACCAACCCUUACGACAGAGCUAAGUGGGGUGAUGAGCUGAAAGAUUUGGAGGAAAGAUGGUGUUCUGAUGUGUCGUUCGAGCUCAAAAUGGGCAAAUGUUCGUGCGCCAGUUAG